AGUAGCUGGUGGACGCAGACUCCUGACGACGGCUCAACAUCAUAUGGAGGCGGUCGCAGAAAAAGUCAAGAAACUACAGGGUAACUCUGCUGCCCUGUUGCCACGACCACCAGCACCAGCUACAAGGAAACCUGUAGUAGCACCUCUCACUCCAGCUCCUCCUCCAAAACCCUCCCUACCAAAGAAGAGAGCAACUCAUGGGAGGUCUGUGCGGCCUGCAAAGACAGUCAGCAGGGACCAGAGGACAGAUGUUACCUGCAGCUUCCAGACAGCAGAAAGUCAGAAUCAGGACGAUCUGCAGCCGCUCUCUGACCCUGCAGAGAGUCUGUCUCUGUGCUUCAAACAGCUCAACUCAGAUGACUGGAUGACGAAGGUUAAAGGGCUGCGAUGCAUCCCAGCUCUGGCGCAACACCACCCAGACACACUAAUGCCGAAACUGCAUGAAGUCUGUCUGGUUGUGAUAGAAGAGGUUAAAAACCUACGCCCCUCAGUGGCUUGUGCAGCCAUGGACACCAUCCGCUGUCUUUAUGUCCACCUACAGAAGGGCAUGGACACUGAGGCAAAUUGGACAGGUCAGGCUCUGCUGCUGAAAAUCUCACAGGCGUGUGGAAAUGCCUUUCUCCAGCAGCAGGCCAGUGAGGCCUUGGAGGCUCUGGUGCAGAAUUGCAGCCCUGGUCGAGUGCUGCCUGUUCUGCUGAAUACAGGGCAGAGCCACCUGAGCCCUGCAGUAAGAGCCAGCACUGCUCGUCUGCUCCACCUGCUGGCUGACAGACUGGGAGCGACUAAAGUCCUGACAGCAAGGCAGAGCUUCACCCAGCGCUUCCUCACUGCUGUCAGUAAGAUGUCUCUGGAUGCUGCUGCUGAAGUCAGGCCUCAUGGACGUGCCAUCCUUCAGAAACUGGCCCUCCACAGGGACUUCAUGAAGCUGUGGCAGAAAAAUGUGGCGGAAAAAGAUCGCCACUCACUGGAGAAGGUCCUGAGGAAUGUGGUGAAGAAUAUCAAAAUCCAUAUAUGAAUCCAGGGUGUUGUUCACCACACAGGACAACAAGAAAAGCCUCAUUCUUGCUGUCAGUCAUCAUGACCUCAGUAUCCUUCGCUGGGUUGAUUGUUCUCUUGUGUUUUGAUCUCAUGAGUUUGUUUUCUAUCUACUAUCAUAUUCUCUCUAUCUAUUAUCCCCCUUUCCCCUCACCCCAACCGGUCGAGGCAGAUGGCCGCCUUGUCUGAGCCUGGUUCUGCCGGAGGGUUCUUCCUGAAAAAGGGAGUUUUACCUCCCCACUGUCGCCAAGUGCUUGCUCAGACAGGGAAUCCAAAGGAAACUGGAUUUGUUGGAUUUCUCUCUAUAAUUUUGUCUUUACUUUUCUAAGUGAAGUCUCUUGAGAUCACACAUUUGAACUGGUGAAUAAAAUUGAUUGAAAAUGAACUGAAAGGUUCACCCCAAAAGUGUCUGGAUUCUGGUCACAUGGUUGAUGCUCACAUCUGCCCUGAGU